AGGUGACAGAUAGUCAACACAUUUUUUAUUAGUUCGACAAACUUCAAACAGUUCUUUGUUAUUAGAACAUGAAUAAUGUAAUUAAUUCCCAUAUUGAUGGUGCAUUAUACAACGAAAUGCCCUCUUGUAUUAAUAAAUUUGUCAUUUAACAAGUACUAACCUCAAAAAUAGCGAAAUAAUGAGUAAGAGGUGAUUGCUUUGUGACCAGUGACCCGUAUGUUUUCGUGUCAACAUCAGUGAAUAACUCAGUCAAAUAUUUCCAAAAAUGUCUGAAGCAAAAGUUCGCGAUGGCGAAGCCCUCCCCAAAGGAAGAGUAACCGAAGUGUGUCAAGAAUGGAUGGUUCGUGAAGAUGGGGCUUUGGCUUACCGUCUCCAAAACCAAGAAUACAGCGAACACCUCUCAGGUAACAAAUAUCGUAAUGCUCUAGUCCGCGAAGACUUCCCCCGAGCCAAAAGUGAACAACUCAGAGAACAACAAUUGGCCGAACAAACAGCCCUAAUCUACCAACGAAUGUUAGCCGAACAAGAAGAACAAGACAAUCAAGUCGCUAAACAACUCGCUGAAGAACUGGAACGAGAAGAACGCCAAAAACGGAGACUCAUUGAAAUGCAAGACCAAAAUGUUGCUCGUCAAAUGUUACACAGAGAAAGACACCCACUUUCACCCCAAAGACCUCCACCGCCUCGGAGACAAGCCAAACCAAUGCCACUACCGGAUUUGUACACCGAACCGUAUCGAAAACCGGAUUUGGCUUCACAUUUGGAGAGAAUUGACAUCGCUGAAGUGGGGCUGCCAUUAGAUGAACUCACAGAAAGGCAAAUCCAAGAGGAACGGGAUGCUGAAUUAGCCCGAAAAUUGCAAGAACAAGAGGGGAAUUUAGAAGACACUUUGUUGAAUCGUGAUCGUAUGCUUGCAAUCGAGGCUCAAGACAAAGAACUUGCGAAAAUGUUGCAAGAAAGGGAGAGGAAUAAGGCAAGAAGGGCUCGGGAAAGGGCUAAACAGAAAGCACUUGCUAAAAAACAACAACUCGAAUCUCAACAAAUUAUGCCAGAUGAUUCGUAUUCAUAUCCAGCUGAUAUGAUCCCCCCUCGAGCCUCAAUACCAAGGAAUCACGAUACAUAUGCCCUACCUAAUCAGAAUGAAGAUGAUAUUAAUUACAGUUUACCUGUUGAUGUUUUACCAUCACAUAAUUUAAUUGACAAUAAUUAUAGCCCACAAAAAAGCUACGAUUCACGUUAUGCCUUAGGUGAUAAAGUUAUUGAUUCUAGUACUCGUCCGUCCUUUGAUACUGAUAGGAAUUUAGAUGGCCCUCCUGCUGUACGACCAACUCAAUUGGACUUAAAGUCGCCCUUGAACCGUAUCAAUAAACCCAGAUAUCCAGAACCCGAAAACUGUGAUAAUGCAAGUGGGUUGUCGCCGAAUUCUCAACAUAUCAACAUAGCUAUGGCUAUAGACCCUACAUAUCCCAAAAGAGGAAUGCAUUCUUCAUCCAGUUAUGAAACCACUUCCAGUACUGUAACUACAAGUACUUCGAGUAGUAGCCCUGGGAUGGUUUUACCACCCCCUGAUAUCUCAGAAAUGGAUGACGAAAAUAAUAUUCCACCAUAUAUGCCGAUUCAAGGCCAACGUAGAACUGCUUCGUUGGAGAAAAAACAAAAGAAGAAGAGUAAAGACGGGGGUUGUAAACAACAAUAAUUUUGAUAUUUUUACUACACUUAUUUUGUUUGACAUUUUUGUAAGCAGCUCCAAAUUGACAAUAUUUAUAUUUUUAUUAUUUAUAUAGUUACUAUAAUACCAAAAUAUUCAUGCUCAACAUAUUUUAAUUAAUAUUAUAUUUACACUUUAUAUUUAGUAUUCAUUUUGGUAGCAGGUUUUACUUUUUGUAUUUUUUACAAAAUAGAGUUUUCAAUGUUAA